AUGGAAAUGAAACGAGAGCGGGUACACAGAAGGUGGAAGUGCACGAAGGGGAUAACGAUCUUGCUAAUACUGUGCUCUAUCUCUAAAAGCAGUUGUCAAACUGUCAAUGACAGUGAAUCAAGUAGUAAAACCAAAACAUUAGAUAAUACUUUAGAAUCUAGUACCUGCCAUACCUGUCAAAAUAGUCAAGAUACAAUUGUAAAUAGAUCGGAAGAAGACAGUUUCGUAGGUAAUUUAAUAGAAUCGGUUAGUGAAUUUUGUGAGAAAUAUGUAUUUGUAAAUAACACAGAGAGAGACCUGAGUCACGUUCUAGAAAGAGCAAUAGACGAAGCAUUGAAUAAGGAGCGAUAUGAAAUAUUUGACGGAUUCGAAAUAAAGUCUGUGAAUGUGAAUAAAACGAACGCUCAAAGAAAGGAAGAUAAAGAAGCUAGAGCUCUUUUUAGCUCGUAUACCUAUGAGUAUAGAUUGUUCAAGAAAGUUAAAGAUUUUGUAGACACGCAUAUACUGUCUAUAAACUUACCUAAGGCAGCGAGGCUUAUAGGAUUCAGAUCGUUUGGGUUAAAGAAGUUCUUCCUCCCACUAAUAAUAGGCAUGCAAGUUUUCAAGAGUAUUCUCUUGGCGAUGUUUUUGCCGAGCAUAUUAGGAAGUUUUGGGAAAAUUCUCGGAAAAGGAAUAUCUCACCUCUCAGCCACUUCAAGCCAAGCCAGUUAUCCUCCAGCAAACACCGAAGACCCGAACAAUUAUGACAAUAAGGACUUCAUGGGAUAUGAAACGAACCAAGCCGGGACAUAUGCGUAUGCGCAGGAGUAUGGCAACGGCGAAGGCGAUUCUAGCGAUUUAGCUAACGUCGAUAUGUCUAGAUUCGGAAUGGGAGGCCAAAAAGUCUCCUACUUGCCUUCCAAGAACAGUUACUACAAAAACCAGAUGACUAAUAAUUAUAAGAUGUUCCAGAAAAUUCCAGCAUCUUCUAUGAUUCUUAGUAAUUACGAUCCCUUUUACUCGCCUUUGUUAUCAAGGCUUGAUGGGAUUUUCGCGAGACUCGGUCUUGCACCCACUGAGACCGCAACUAAUGAACCACAAGUCGGCAGCCAAAACUUAAGCGAUGCGAAGCUGGAAGCUUGCCGAGAACAGCUUAUAUGCUUAAUGUAUGCUAAUCCAGCGAAAUAUGCACCCUACAGUAAUUUGGUUUCAGCUCAGCUAAGCAGGGAACUGAACGAGCUCCGCCGUCCAGUGUCUGAUAAUCCUGAGAUUCUCCGAUUCUUCAAGUACAUGAGGGCUGCAAGACGCGGCCAAGAGGGAACCGACUGUCUCCAAUUCAGUCCUGGCUGCACCGUUACUACCCCCACUCACACAAUGAUAGCCGCUUAUCAUGAUAUUAACAAGCUGGUAUCUGCCAGACGUUUACAGAACCUUUGA